GUCCGCAGGGCGUGGGGGGAGGGCCGAGCGGGGCCGGCGGGGCCGGGAGGGGAGGUUUGAGCCACAGUGAGCUCAGGGUUCGCCGGCGGCGGCGGGGCUGGGGGUGGCGAGGGGAAGGCGACACUCGGUCGGCGCCGCCGCCUUCGUGCAGAGCGACCGGGAGGGUUUUGCAGCGGCCGCCGCGGCGGGAGGAGGGGUGGAGGUGGCUUCGGAGUUGUCCGGAGAAGGUGGGCAUUUCUCGGCUUUCCCACCCCCUCCCUUAGCCUCCCCCCUCCCCUGGUCUUCCCCUUCCUCCUUCCCCGCACCCCACGUGAAGCGGAAUAUAAAGGGGGGUGUGAGGCUAGAGGGGAAAGUGAAUGGCGAAGGACUGAAGGGGUCCCCCCUUCGGGUCCCCGGCUGUUCUGUUCACCCUCGUUCAUCCUCCCUUCCCGAAGCUCGCCCUCGAAGGCAGAAGCGGCCAGCGCCUUCGGCUGAGAAGGAGGAGGAGGAGGAAUCGCGCCGGGCGGAGCGUCAGGUCCCGUUUUCCUCCUCGGCGUCUUGCAUACAAAGAUUACGGUGCCGAAGGAAAUUGCACUCGCCUCCUCCGCCCCCCGGUACCCAGCACAAUGCACCAGCCGCCCGAGUCCACCGCCGCCGCGGCCGCGGCCUCGGCCGCUGCAGACAUUAGUGCUAGGAAGAUGGCGCACCCGGCAAUGUUGCCUCGAAGGGGCAGUGGUGGUGGCAGCGCCUCUGCUCUCAGUGCAGCAGGUACCGGCGUUGGUAGUAGUGCCCCAUCUUCCGAGGAUUUUCCGCCUCCGUCGCUGCUCCAGCCGCCACCUCCUGCAGCAUCUUCUCUGUCGGGACCACAGCCUCCGCCUCCACAAAGCCUGAACCUCCUUUCGCAGGCUCAGCUGCAGGCACAGCCUCUUGCGCCAGGCGGAACUCAAAUGAAAAAGAAAAGUGGCUUCCAGAUAACGAGCGUGACCCCGGCUCAGAUCUCCGCUAGCAUCAGCUCUAACAACAGCAUCGCAGAGGACACCGAAAGCUACGAUGAUCUGGAUGAAUCUCACACAGAAGAUCUGUCGUCUUCCGAGAUCCUUGAUGUGUCACUUUCCAGGGCUACCGACUUAGGGGAGCCUGAACGCAGCUCCUCAGAAGAAACUCUCAAUAACUUCCAGGAAGCCGAGACACCUGGGGCAGUCUCUCCCAACCAGCCCCCCCUUCCUCAGCCUCAUUUGCCUCACCUUCCACAACAGAAUGUUGUAAUCAAUGGGAAUGCUCAUCCCCACUCCCUCCAUCACCACCCUCACAUUCAUCAUGGGCACCACCUCCAUCACGGGCACCACCAUCCAUCCCAUGCCAGUGUGGCCAGUACACCCAUUCCGGGAGGGCCGCCCGCAAGCCCAGUAUCCAGAAAACUGUCUACAACUGGAAGCUCUGACACUGUUAUGCCAGUUGCACCAACUUCUGCCGUAUCAUCGAGUGGCUCACCUGCAUCUGUAAUGACUAGUAUCCGUGCUCCAAGUACAAGCGGCAGUAUAGGUAUAAAUUCUGUUACAGGUACUAAUACGAUGAAUAAUGUUAACAUUACGGCUGUGGGCGGUUUUAAUCCUAACGUGACCAGCAGCGUGCUUGCUAAUGCUAAUUUAAGUGCGAGCAACGUUCCCAGUGCUGCCGGUGUGAGCGUUGGGCCUGGAGUGAGCUGCGGUGUUAACGUGACUGUCUUGAGCGGCCUGGGCAACGGUACGAUUUCGUCCUCCGUUCUCAUUAACAGCACUGCCAGUGCAGCUGCAGGGAUGACUGUAGGAUCAGUUUCAAGUCAGCAGCAACAGCCAACAGUUAACACGUCCAGGUUCAGAGUUGUGAAGUUAGAUUCGAGUUCUGAGCCCUUCAAAAAAGGUAGAUGGACUUGCACCGAGUUCUAUGAGAAAGAAAACGCUGCCCCCGCCGCCGAAGGGGUGGUGAUAAAUAAAGCAGUGGAAAGCGUAAAACAAAACCCGACAGAAGUGACUUCUGAGAGGGAGAGCACGAGCGGGAGCUCAGUGAGCAGCAGUGUCAGCACGCUGAGCCACUACACGGAGAGUGUGGGAAGCGGAGAGAUGGGGGCCCCAGCUGCCGUGGUGCAGCAGCCGCCCGCUCUUCCAGGUGUCGCCCUCCCGCAGAUGGACUUCAGUAGCGCUGCUCCGGCGGGCAUUUCAGCAGUUAGUAUGCCACAGAGUAUUUCUCAGUCACAGAUCUCGCAAGCGCAGUUGCAGUCUCAAGAACUGAGCUAUCAGCAGAAGCAGGGUCUUCAACCAGUACCUCUGCAAGCCGCUCUCAGUGCUGCAGCUGGUAUCCAGCCAUCACCUGUGAGCGUGGUGGGUGUAACUUCAGCUCUAGGUCAGCAGCCUUCCGUUUCCAGCCUGGCUCAGCCCCAACUGCCGUAUUCUCAGGCGGCCCCUCCGGCGCAAGCACCCCUGCCAGGCACAUCACCCCAGCAGUUACACUAUGGACAGCAGCCGUCGGUGGCCCCGAGCCAUGGCCCGUCAGUGACUCCGAAUCCUGCUUCCGAGUAUGUUCAGCAGCAGCCGAUUCUGCAAACGGCAGUGUCCUCUGGACAGCCCACUUCUGCGGGGGUGGGAGCAGGAACCUCGGGGAUUCCUGUGGCUCAGCCACAGGGCAUCCAGCUGCCAGUGCAGCCCGCAGCAGUCCAGGCGCAGCCCGCCGGGGCAGCUGGCCAACCCGCUGGCCAGGCGCAGACGGCAGUAUCUGCUGUACCUCCUGGCAGUCAAAUUGCAAAUAUUGGUCAACAGACAAACCUACCUACGGCAGCGCAGCAGCCCUCUGCCCAAGUCACACCUUCAGUUAUCCCGCAAGGUGCUCCUCCGUCUUCACAGGUAGUUCCACCCGCUCAGGCUGCGAUUCUUCAUCAGGGAGUUCAAGCUAGUGCUUCAAGCCUUCCUCAGCAGUUGGUCAUUGCACCCCAGAGUACCUUGUUAACUGUGCCUCCCCAGCUGCCAGGAGUAGAGUCAGUAGCUCCAGGAGUUGUUUCGCAGCAGUUGCCUGCAGUCAGUCCUUUGCCCUCUGCUAGCAGUAUUUCUGUUACGAAUCAGGUUAGUUCAGCUGGGCCUUCUGGAAUGCCUUCUGUCCCAACAAACUUGGUUCCAUCACAGAAUAUAGCACAAGCCCCUGCCACUCAAAAUGGUAAUUUGGUUCAAAGUGUUAGUCAGCCUCCCUUGAUGGCAGCACCUAAUAUAAAUUUGCCUUUGGCGCAGCAGAUACCAAGUUCUACUCAGUUCUCUGCACAAUCAUUAGCUCAGGCAAUUGGAAGCCAAAUUGAAGAUGCCAGGCGCCCAGCGGAACCCUCCUUAGUUGGCUUACCUCAGACUAUCAGUGGUGACAGUGGGGGCAUGUCGGCAGUUUCCGAUGGGAGUAGCAGCAGCCUAGGAGCCUCUGCUUCUCUUUUCCCGUUGAAGGUGCUACCGCUGACGACACCCCUGGUGGAUGGCGAGGAUGAGAGAUUAUUUCUUUUACGACUGUAGUUCGGAAAAAGAAAUGUUUCAUUUAAAUUGGUUCUUGGAAGGGAAUUUGAGAAUAUCUGCAAGAGAAAAAAGUGAUAAUGAGUUUCUAUUUAUUUUUUUAAAGUGUUUUUUACUUUUUCUUCCCAUGUUAGUUUCUGUGUCACUUGUGUCUUCUGGGCUUGGUCACCUAUUAGUCUCCCAUAGGAGAAAAGAGUACAUUGUAAUUUCAGUAUUACGACUUAGAAAACACGUUAACAAUAAAACUUUUGGAUGGUAGGACAGAUGAAGAUUCGUUGUUCUUUAGUCAUCUUUUGAAAUAAUAUUCUAACACUUUAAAUUUUAAAAUAUUUCUAACACAUGUGGAAAAUGCUUUCAGUUGGCUACUGGUAGAGACUGUGAAGAUUAGAAACAUGGAUCAGGCAUUAAGAUUAUGUAUCUAGAUUUUUAAAAAUCAUUCUCAUUAAAAAGUUCUUAAUGUCUCACGUUAACCUUUAAUGUGAACUUAUUUUUACAACACAGGGAAGACACAGGUAUUUCACACUGAUGUAUAGUCUAGUGUUUUGUGAUUGUUAGUACAGCCUCUUCUGUGAAAUUAAUUGGUCAAACUUCUAUUCCUCCUUCAAGGCUCAGCUCAGAUGUUCCCUCUGAAGCAGUCUCUUCUGCUUCAGGGAAUGUUGUUUCCUUAGCCCUUUUUAGUGUUCCUCUAGUCGAGGCACUGCACACAUUCAGUCUGAAUUAUGUUUAUCCAUUUUCCCCACAAGACUGUGAGUUCCUCAAGGGCAAGAGCUAAAUCUUUUUUGAACCGAUUAAUGAGCAGACCUUUCUCUGCUUUUUCUAUCAUGAUUUAAAAUUGGUAUUGUCUCUCACCUUAAGCACAGCUGUUCAGGUUGUAGGAUCAUAUAGUUAAAUGCAACAAAGUGAAAAGAAAUGAAUGAAAAUACUUGCUUUUUCUACCUCUUUUGCCUUUUCAUACCUUGAGGUGAAUUGAUGUCUAUCUUUUAAAUGCAGUGCCUGUUGUAGAGUUGGCCCUCAUAUUUACUAAAGAGGAAUGAGUUUUCUUAUCAAGUAGGAAUAAUACUCAUUUUGCCUACUUCUUAGGAUGGUAGCAUCAGAUAAAAUACUUUAACUGUAAAAUACUAAAUUAUAAGUUUUAAUUUUUAUUUAGGUUGUACCUGCACUGUUUAAAGAGCCAAAUAGUUUACAUGGUUAUCAAAACAAACAGAAGCUUCCUGCCUGCUUCAUUUCCCAGAAGCAAUCACUUUCACCUCUUUUAGAUGAUGACUGUGAUAUUUACCUCCUAGUCUCUAACUGCUUGUGUUGCUACUAGAUGUGCAACAUAGCCAGGUGGUUAGGAGCAUGGACCCUGGAAGUAGACUGCUUAGGUCUGAUCCAUCCUCUAUUGUUUACUAGCUGCUUAAGCUCGCUGUGCCUCAGUUUGCUCAUUUUAAAAAGUGAGGAAAAUAGUACCUACCUCAUAGGGUUGUUAUAAGAAUUCAAUGUAUUUGCAAAGCCCUUAGAACUGUUUCUAACUCAUAUAUGUGUGUGUGUUAAAUAAAUACUCCUUACUUUUUUUUUUUAAUACAUUUCCUUCUUUCUUUAUUUUUGGCUACAUGGGGUCUUCGUUGCUGUGCGCGGGCUUUCCUUAGUCGGGGUGCUCGGGCUUCUCGUCGCCGUGGCUUCUCUUGUUGCGGAGCCGGGUUCUAGGCGCGCGGGCUCAGUAGUUGUGGCACACGGGCUUAGUUGCUCCGUGGCAUGUGGGAUCUUUCCGG